ACAAUAUUAAUAUUAUUAACUAUUAAGGGCAUUAAGGCGUUCGUGACUGCGAGAAAGUAUACCAGCACAGGCUCCAGUUGAUUAUUGACUUUCGUGACGAUCUGUGCUGUUUUAACAUACACCAUGAAUAUUAUUCCAAGGUUUGGAAAAAAUGUUAAAUUUGGAUUAUUCAACUUGACUAAAAAGUAUACUACCCCAAGUUCUACUCCAUCGAAUCCCCCGCCUACAAAUCCAAAUGUAACACCUUCAUUCAAUUCAAAUAUCAAGUAUCCACUAACAAAUACAAGAAAAAUCUUGUGUGUCUGGGCUAAACGAUAUCCAUCACUGAAAGACGUUCCAGAUCAUGUCACACCUGAGGUUUGGAACAAAGUGCGUUCUAUUAUUCGAAUCAAAGUGGCUAACUAUACAAUGUUCUUUAUAAUAUUGGGUUGUAUUGUAAUGAUUGUUACGGGUAAAAGAGCUCGUGACCGUGGUGAAACAAUAAUGCAAAGAAACUUGGAUUGGCAUCAAAAGUACUCUGAAGGAAAAGAAGAUGAAAUAAAAAAUAUUGGUGUGUUUGGAAAAUAAGUAGUUUUUUGAAAUAUUAAUAUUAUAUAUUUGUACUAUUUGAAUAUAAUUGUAUUAAUAUUUUAAUUGUUACUCAAUGUUUUAUCUCUGUUAGCAGUUAAAUAUAAGUCUAUUUUAUAGAAAAAUGAAUAGUUAUUA